GGGGAGCCAGGCUCCGACUGCCCGCGGAGCCUCAACCGCUUUUCGUGCCCUCUUCGCCGACGCCAUGCUCCAGUUCCUGCUUGGAUUUACUUUGGGCAACGUGGUUGGAAUGUAUCUGGCUCAGAACUAUGACAUACCAAACCUGGCUAAAAAAUUUGAAGAAAUUAAAAAGGACUUGGAUGCCAAGAAGAAACCCCCUAGUUCAUGAGGUCGACUCCAGCACUGCCUUCUGGAUACACUGAUUCUACUACUUUUGAGGGCCUCCUUUACCAUCUGAACGUUUUCAUCUCCAGCCUCAGCAGUUUUCUUCUUUGCUAGACCCUGUGUUGCCUUAGAGCACAAAUGGGGCCACGAGUUCCCAACUACCCUUACUUUUGCAACAUCUUCACCUCUUCCCGUGUCCUCCGUCCAGCUGCUUGGGAGGCUCUAAGACUGGAAUUAUGGUGCUAGAUUAGUAAAUAUGACCUUUAAUUAGUAGUCUCUCCCUUAUUCUUUGGAAUUUCUACUACCUUUUGUCAAAGAAGGGUCGAGUUUUGUGUAGCUGAUCAGAUACAAAUAAUGCUAAUUACACAGUGUAGCAAUUGGGUGCUUGUUAAACAUUUGCUACUAAAUUAUGUUGUUUCAAAGUAAUUAAAUUAUCCAGAAGCCAGUUUCUGGUGAAUUACCCAUUUAUUUUAUACUGUUGUCAGGCAGUUCCAUAGUUGUUAAUUUAACCAAUAAAUCAAUUUGCUGUUGGUUAACUGAAAAACUAUAUCCUGAGAAUCCUGUCAGGAACUGGAGAAUUAAAAAAUAUGCAAAAUAAUGGACUUUGCCCCAGUAGAGUUCAUAGUCUAUUUAGUAUGCAUGUUUUUCCUUAAUGAUGUAUUUGAUCUCCUUUCUCUCAAAAGAAUCUUACUUGGGAUUACAGGUACAUUUGACAUUACAUGGUAAGUGAGAAGUUGUCUGUAAACGAAAGUUGAUGCCUUUUCACAUUUAAAAAAUUUAUUUACGUUACAA